ACAUGUUGUUUCACUCCGCCGUUCCCGUUCGCCGCUAUUCUUCCUCGCUAACCUAGAUGGGCAGUAUAAUCUCCAACUGAGAGCUCCGAACUUGCAGCCGCGCUGUGUGAAAUCGCUGCUGGAGAUGAAGACGCCGGGACGGGGGGAAGUGUCGUGGGUACAGGUCUUCAAGUGCAUCACCAUCGGCGACGCAGGCGUGGGGAAGUCGUGCCUGCUGCUGCAGUUCACGGAGCAGAGGUUCCGAUCUGAGCUCGAUCCCACCAUCGGUUGCGAUUGUAGCUCGCGUAUCGUCGAUAUCUGCGGCAAGCCCACCAAGCUCCAGAUUUGGGACACGGCUGGUCAGGAGUUAUACAGCUCUAUUAAUAAAUCAUACUACAGAGGAGCUGAAGUGGCGAUCUUGGUUUAUGACAUCACCAGGAGGGAAACUUUUGAUCAUGUUGCGAGGUGGCUGAAAGCUGCAAUGGAGGUUGCGCCAGCCAGUCUGACCACAAUUCUAAUUGGAAACAAAUGUGAUAUGUCUGAUAGACGCACUGUCAGCUAUGAGGAGGGUGAAAGUUUUGCCAAGACGCAUGGGCUCUUCUUUAUGGAAUCAUCAGCAAAAACUUCUCACAAUGUGGAGGAGGCAUUCACUAUGGCUGCUAGAACAGUAUGGGAGAAAAUCGAACAUGGAGCGCUUGAUCCAACUGCAAAGUAUGCUGGUUUGGAUUUUGUCCCCAAUGUAUCCAGAGGUGGUCGUUGCUGCAGCUAAGCGGACCGAGACAAGUCCAAUCAAAUCGAUGCUUGUGCCUCGUUAAACCAUAGUUUGGAUCCAGAGCAUGAUCAUGCUCACUGAAUUAUAGCGAAAACUGGUUCUUGUAAGAUGCGUUAUUCAUUGCAAGCACAGUCGUGCGUAGUUAAAGACCCAGCAGUUAGUAUAAUAUAUACACAUGGAAAUACGACUAGAUCGUCGUCGCCAGCUGUUCAUUCCA